AUGAGCAAUGAAACGUUCUUACAUCUCCCAGCCGAAGUGUGGCUUCACAUACUCGCGCUUGCGACUGAGGACUGCUCUCCCGUUGCACUAGCCUGUGCAGAGUGGCCCCAAUACCAACCUAUCGUCGACCCAUUUUCGGAUAUCAGGCAUUUUUGGAGGGACGCUCGUUCGUUCUCGCUCGUCAACAAGCAUUGGAACACGCUGGGCACCGACCUUUUGUACGGCUGUGUGUCCGUCGAGCAGCAUUUCGACAUGCUGCACGGGGUCCUGGCUAGGCAUGGAGCGGCAAAACUUGUUCGUGCUGUUCGCCUCUCCAGUACCCGCUUUGACCGCAAUCGGAUAAUGCUGGCCCAUUGCCCGUCUGUCCAAACCAUCGUCCUCCCCGACGUGCCUCCGUAUGCAGACCUUCCAUGGAUUUCCAAUUCGCCGGAAACACCACUUGGGAUCCAUUUUCCUACUCUCAAGUACAUAUAUUGGACCGAAACGCAGGUUUCUAAUGGGCUUCUUCGACAAUUGGUUGACGCUUCCCCCAAUCUCGAAGGGGCUUUAUCUAGGCGACACAAGCAGAGCCAAUGA